UCUACUUCCUGUAAAAAAAUAUGUGUGUGAUUCAUGUCACGGGAUUGAAACCUGUUAUACUUCAGUAAAGAAUACACAAUCUUACCUUUCUGCUUUACAGAGGAAAACAGCUACGGAUAAGCUGCUCAGUAAUGGCAUUACCAGCAUAUUCACCCAAUGGACCAUUUUUAUUACCACCACAAUUCUGUGGUCUCCUUCCUCUAUGUCCCCAAGUGGGACAGGGACAGACACAGCCUUUUUACCAAGAAUUUUUAAAGGGACAACCAAAGACUUUGGGGACUGUGCAGAUAACUUUGGUGAUCUUACAUGUGGCCCUUAGCGCUGUACUUAUUGUCACCAUGUACGAAACUUUAUCAAUAACUAUUAUCAGUGGCGUCACCUUCUGGGGAUCGAUUUUUUAUCUCAUUUCAGGAUCUCUGUCCAUUGCAGCUGAGAACAAACAGUCUCGUUGUCUGGUCAGAGGAUCUCUGUCCAUUAAUAUCAUUAGCUGCAUAGCAGCGCUCCUUGAGAGCUCUUUAAUUAUUGCAGAUUUUAACAUUUAUUUUGCUAGCAGCUGUCAAUCUUAUGAGUGUCGGCCCUCCAGUUACUCUGUUCUGAAUAUCCGAACGGUUUCUUUGGCUUUCCUUUUAAUUGCGUCUCUGCUUCAAUUCUCUCUAUCAUUGUCAUUGGCUAUUUUUGGCUGUAAAUCCCUGAAUCAUGCAUCAAUCCAAGAACCACAGCAGGUCUAUGUGAUAAACAAUAACUACAAUACAGUAGUAACACCAGGACAGUUUCCUCCAGGAAAUGACAACAGAAACUUUAUUCCUGAGACUUUUAUUGGCAUAGUUCCAACCAACCCAGGCAAACAACUGUGAAAACGGCAAAUAAUCAUACAGAAUCACACCGUUCUACAUCAUUUAGAUAUUAUUACAGCACCAGAAAGCACAUAAGAAUAAAUCAAAUGAACAUUAACUGUUAGAGCAAAACUUUGAAAAGACACACACAAAAAUAACUGUAAUAAUCAAGCCGAACAUACAAUGGUGUCCUAAAAUGAAUUGAGGGGACUAUAAAGUUCAAAGAAAUAACACUUUUUGAUAAGAACAAAAACAUAAAUGAAUUGAAUUAAAUAGAUGAAAACAAUAAAGCUGGUUACUUACUGGCCAGAGCCCGGAAAAAAAAAACCAUAUAACAGACACCUUUCAAAUUUUCCAUUUUGAUGGAUACAACAUUAAAUAAUACUAAUGUGAGAUCAGUUGGAAAUUCCAGCUGCAUUAAACACCUCUUCUUAUGAUCUCUUCUGAAGAAUAAUUAACCAAGAAUUAUUAGACUACAUUUAACAACUACCAAAAGUCAAAACACGUGGUUCAGAUGGAUUCACUUCCUGAUAUUGAUCACAAUCUAUUAGCUGAGGCCUUUCCGUCUUUUUCUGGAAAAAAAAAGCCAUUUUAGUGCAUUUUCGGUUAUUUCCCGCAGCUGCAAUCACAUUUUCAACUCACAGAGAAAAGCCUUAUUUUUAACAUAGAGAUGAAAAGUUCUUGCAAUGACAAUCUAUUUUCAAGCAAAAAUGCUUGUGCAAUUCCACCCCCUGCACAUUUGCGUCCAAUCGUCUGCUAUCAUGGGGUGGCGGAGAAGUUAAGAAUCAGCGAUCUUUGCACAUCACUAAUAUAGUACUAUAUCUUUGCACAUAACUAAUAUAGUACUAUAUCUUUGCACAUCACUAAUGUAGUACUAUAUCUUUGCACAUAAUAUAGUUGACUAGUACGAUCAAAGCAUAUGCUGUCGGCAUUUAAAGGGACAGCAUACACCAAUUUUCAUUUAACUGCAUGUAAUAGACACUACCAUAAAGAAUAAUAUGCACAGAUACUGAUCUAAAAAUAUGGUAUAAAACCUUUAAAAAAAAAAAAACUUAUUUAGAAUCUCCCAGUUUAGCACUGUUAAAAAGAUCAGCUGGAACACCCACAGAAAGUGGGAAAUAGCAGACACUCCCCCCUCCCCCUGCAGCAUAUGAAAGGACACUUUUCGCAAACAGGAGCAAGCUGGAGUAGGUAUACAUCAGUAUUCUCCUAAAAUGUUGGGGCUUGGUUAGGAGUCUGUAAAUCAGCACAAUGUUAUUUUAAAAUGAGUAAAAGUAUACAUUUUUUUUUUUUUAAAGCUGUAUAGGCUAAAUAAAUGGAUAAUCUACAAAACAGAAAGAAAAAUCUAGUGUAUAAUGUCCCUUUAACAUUGCACAGGAAUCUCUGAAAUGCUUGUGCAAUGCCCACCCCUGCACAUUCACAACCAAUCGGCCGCUAGCAGGGGGUGUCAAUCAUCCCAAUUGUAUUAGGAGAUUAUAUAUAUCAUAACAAGAAAGACCUUAAAUAUUAUAUACUAUACUAAAUGGGGAGUGGGUUUUUUUUUUUUAAAUAAGUAUGUAUAUAAAGUGUAACUCAUUAUAAAAAACUUUACAAAAAACACCCCAAAUCAAAAUCUAGAUUUAAUCAUUGAGGGGCUAGAGAUUUCAGUUCAAAUAUCCACUUAGCUUCUAGUUUUAGAAUUUCUUUCUGUAUAUUCCCUCCCCUCCAAUUUGGUUUGACUUUAUCAAUCACUUUAUAUGAAAAAAUGUUUCAAAUUCCCAUUAUUACAUUUUUUGAAAUGUUUAGGGACAGGUAAAACCUUAUUCCUCUCUGACUCCAUAUUCUCAAUAGAAUUAAUAUGCUCUCUAAUUUUAUCUUUUAUAGCUCUUGUCGACUCUCCUACAUACUGAGCCCCGCACGAAUAUUCUAGGAGAUAGAUAACAUUGGAGUCAGUACAUCUAUAGAUAUCUUUAAUAUUAUAUUCCUUAUUGGUAAUAUUUGACUUAAAAGUUUUACAUUUCUUGGAGUUCUUACACGCCUUACAACUCAAACAGGGAAAAAAAACCUGUAAUUCUAUUACCUUUUAGGUCCCUAUCCCUAUUUAUACAGGACUUUACAUUAAGAUCCAUUGGGGCGAGCCAUGUUUUUAAAUUUCUACAUUUUUUAUAAACAAACUUUGGAAAACUGGGUAAAACAGGCCCUAGAGUGUCAUCUGAUCUCAGAUCAUAAAAAUGCCUUUUUAAAAAAAUUUCAAGUUUUUUCUUAUCAUCAUUAUAUUGUGUGAUGAAAGGGAUAUUCAAAAUUUCAGUUAUAUUCAAAUUAUUUGUAGUUCCAAAAUCAUUUCUAUUACUAUUGUUAUUCCUUUUUAUUUUAUCUUCCUUUUUGAUUAGAAGGUCAGUUCUAUCUAUCAUUAGAGCUUCUGAUCUAGCUGAUUCUAUUAGCCCUGCAUUAUAACCUUUUUGCAAAAAUGUGUUAGCUAAAAUAUCUGAUUGAUUCAUAUAAUCUAUACUAUUUGUGCAAUUUUUUCCGAAUGCGCAAGAAUUGGCUCUUUGGGAUAUUGGAUUUCCACCUCUCCAAAUGACAACAUUCAGCAUGGAUAUAUCCAUUUGCGUCAACUGGUUUAAAAUAGGUUUUUGUCGUUAUCUUACCAUCCUCCACAUAUAUUUUUAAAUCAAGAAAAUUUAUACAAGUAUCACUAGUUUCAUAUGUGAAUUUCAAAUUUUUAUCAUUUUGAUUCAUUCUAGAAAAAAAACAAUCAAGGUCUUCCUUACUGCCUCGCCAGAUAAUUAAAAUGUCAUCAAUAUAUCUUUUAAAGGAGAUCAGAUUUGCCCCCAGGUCUGUAGAGUCAAGGAAGAUAUGCUCCCAUAAACCCAUAAACAAAUUAGCAUAACUGGGGGCAAAUCGGGUCCCCAUGGCCGUCCCACAUUCUUGCAAAUAAUAAUUGCCAUCAAAAUUAAAAUAAUUGUGUGAUAGAAUAAACUUUAUACCAUCAAUAAUAAAUUUUUUAUGUUCUUUAGGUAAACUUGAAUCUUUUUCUAGAAAAAAAGCAAUUGCUGCUAUACCCAAUUCAUGUCUAAUACAGGUGUAUAACGCAGAAACAUCACAAGUGGCGAGUAGAAAACCCUCCUCCCAUACAAUGGUCUGCAAAGUUCGAAGUACAUCAGUGGAAUCUUGUAAAUAGCUAGGUAAAGCUCUUACAUGUUUCUGAAGAUGCAAGUCUAUAUACUCAGAUAGAUUUGCAGUAAUGGAAUUAAUCCCGGAUACAAUUGGUCUCCCGGGCAUCCUUGCAUGAGCGUGGGUCCACAUAGUAACAAGCCGAAAAAUCGUCCACUCCUGGGAACUGUUUCUUAUGCAUGAACUUUUGGUUUAAGGAGUUUUUUAUACUAAUUUUCUUUUUUUCUUAAUUUUGUGAUUUAUUAUUGUAUGUCUUGAAUAGGUCGACCUAUAUUGUAAUAAAGUUUUUUAUAUAUAGAUAUGAAAUUCUAGUAUUUGUUGCUGGCAUCUUCUAUAGAAUUGAAUUUUUUCACAUAGAAUUUUUUUCAUAUAUAAUUUUUUCCAAUUUUGAAAAGAUUUUUUUCACACAUAAUUCAUAAUUCACAAUUUAUAUUUACAUGUAUUAUACAUAUUGCCUAUUAUAGUAGUAUCAUAUUAGUAUCAGGUUAGGUGUUUUAUUAUUAUAUAUAUUCUAUAAUCCUUACUCUUAAGCUGGUUUCAGCACUCCCUAGUGCUUUGUAUUUUGUAUUGAUGAGUCCUGUAGGUCUUUGAGGGUAACCUAUUUUUUCUAGUUGGAGUUUGUAGUCAUUUAUAUUUUUUGGCGCUGGUCACUUAAGUCUAUUUUUUGAUAGGCUUCCCUGAACAAGAAGGUAGCGGAGCGUUUAUAUAUAUAUAAAAAUUCAUUAAAAUUAUGGUGGAGAUAAAAAUCUGAAAUUAAAAUCCUCCAUGUCACUAAAGUAAUAUUUAUAGCCCUGAUUUCUGCAUUGCUGCACUUAAUUGCUGUGUGUUAACACAGUAUUGGAGCAAAAAAAUCUAAGAUGUUGUAUAUCUAAUUUGCAUAUAUCACCCAGAAUCCUCUUGUGCAUUGGCAACAAUGUAUAUGGAGUGUUUCUGGAUGAAAGCAAGCGGGGACACUUGCCUAGAUGUGCUAAUUUCCUGUGCAACAAUUUAUAUUGUUUUAUAUAUAAACUCCUAGUUAACCGGCACCCAUGGGGAUUGGUAGAUUCCGGAUAAGUGUCGUUUCUGGUUGCUUGAGAGUUACUAUUAAAAAUAGGCCUAACUAGGUUCUAUAACCCAUACUAUACUAUAAAUGCUGUAUUUACUUGAUGUUAAUAUUUAAAUACAGUAAAUAAAAGCAAAUUAUUAAUUAAUAUUAAUGCCGCCUCCGUUCAGUCCCGGGCACCCAGGGGCAGUGUGAUGUCUAAUUCUCAGACUGCCUUGUGCUCACAAAUUUCAAGAGCAGUUAUGUAGGGUCUGGUGGCAUGAAAAGGGCGCGCUUUCACCUUUGAUAGCCCACUAUAGAAAAAGGAAGCAGCAGAGCAAAGUUAGUGUUAAUUUUAAUAUACAGUAUCUUCAAUUUUUUUUUCUGGUUGCUUAAGAGUUCUAGUUGCUUGAGUUCUGGUUAACUGAGAGUUUAAUAUAUAUAAAACUAAUUUUUCAUUACAUAAAAUUGUAUAUAUUUCCUUUAAGUACCACUUAGAGUCAUUAUACAGAGACCAUCCUUCUUAUUUUACUCUUGUAAAUGAGAGGAAGAGUUAGCUAUGUCUUUGCCAUAUGAGAACAAUAGGAACAAACUUGACUUCUCUCUCAAAAUUUUCUAUCUCUACCAACAUAUUAGAAACAAAUAUCAAACUACUUACACAUUGGCAUUAUACUCAUUUUACUGUACUAUGUUAUUGUACUGUCAUAUUAUAUUUCUUUUUAAUCUUCAAAUCACCUCUACUACACAAACUUUGUCCCUGAACAUAUAAUCAUUUUGCUUAAAGCCUAUAAAUUGUAUGCAUAUAAUAUUACGCUUUGUUUGUUAUUAACUCAAAUUUUCAAUAAAAAAAAAAUAACAGUCCACUCAAGAAUAAACAAAAUUGAAUAAUGUUUAAA